CUAUUUAGAUGACAUAGAGUAUCCCUUGGUUGCUAGACUUAAUAACUUCCUGGAAAGAUUAACUGGAUUGAGAAUGAACAAUAAACAAGCUGAAAACUUCCAGAUAGUAAACUAUGGAAUCGGAGGAGAAUAUAAACCACACUAUGAUUGGUUUGAAGACAGAUAUGUGAGUUCAAGAAUGCACACAGGAACAAACAGAAUAUUGACAAUACUGUUUUAUUUAAGUAAUGUGGAGUUUGGUGGAUCUACAGUUUUUCCUCAUCUAAAUAUCGCUGUGCCUCCAAAAAAGGGUUCUGCUCUUUUUUUCACAAACCUAGAUGAGAAAGGACAUGGUGACUCUUUAACAUUACAUGCUGGAUGUCCCGUUUUCUUUGGUUCGAAGUGGAUUGCUAAUAAAUGGGUCCACACAAAGGACCAGGAUAUGAAAUUCCUACAGACCGUUCCUUCAGUGUGGACAUAACUUCCUACAGACCGUUCCUUCAGUGUGAACGUAAACUUCCUAUAGACCGUUCCUUCAGUGUGGACGUAACUUCCUACAGACCGUUCCUUCAGUGUGGACGUAACUUCUACAGACUGUUCCUUCAGUGUGGUCGUAACUUCCUACAUACCGUUCCUUCAGUGUGGACGUAACUUUAUACAAACCGUUCCUUCAGUGUGGACGUAACAUCCUACAGACCGAUCCUUCAGUGUGGACUUAACUUCCUACAUAUCGUUCCUUCAGUGUGGACGUAGCUUCCUAUAGACCGUUCUACAGUGUGGACGUAACCUUCCUACAGACCGUUCCUUCAGUGUGGACUUAACUUCCUACAGACCGUUCCUUCAGUGUGGACUUAACUUCCUACAGACCGUUCCUUCAGUGUUGACUAACUUCCUAUAGACCGUUCCUUCACUGUGGACGUAACGAGUCAGAUCUAAUGUUA